UUGAGAAACCAAAUCUGUCAAAAGCUGAAUCUGCCCAUAGAAGGGGUUUGGACUAGGCAGCAUAUUAAUGUCCCUUCUGACCCAAGCCAUUCUAUGAUUCCAUGUGCCUUUGAUGUGUAGAACUUCCACUGCUAUUCUUCCAAAAAUGUUUAAACUUAGUAAAAGGUAAUUUAGGAAUAUUCAUUCUGUUCCAGUGGUUUUAUCCUCCUCUAGGAAGACACAGAGAAUGGUAACUUUGUGGAGUAUAGGUACAACUGUGGGUUUAAUUUCUAAUUCUGCCACAUGUUAACAAGGUGAGGAUGUAUAAUGCAUAGCUUUAUCAAAUCUUCUACCUGAAGUAAUCAUGUUCUUCAUUAGAAGAAACCCAUGCAUUCAUCUCAGUCACAGGGCAACUGUGCUACAACAAUCCAUCUGAAGUAAAGAAAGGAAUAGGAGAGAAAUAUAAACUAAAAAAAUAACAACAGUAGAUUGUAACCUAUGAACAAUUACAUCCAUUAAUGUUCUUUGAGACCAGGCAGUUUGUGUGCUCUUUUAUAACAGAAAAUUUUUCAGCCUGUUCUCUGUUUUUCCUGUUGAGGUAAUGCAGAUGGGUAGCUUAAGGUCUGGAUUAAAAAUGGAACUUGUGUCAUCUAGUCAGUUUUUAUAGUCUCUAUGUAAGUAUCACUAUCAAGAAGAAUGACAUCUUUAGUAUGUCUGACAUUUAAAACGGAAUUAUAAUGAUUUUCUCCCAAAAAGAAAUACUGAAUUAUAUGGAUGGGAAAAAUAGAGUAAAACCAUUGUCAAGUUUAGGAGUAUCUUCAAGAUGUCAGUAAAACAGGUAAUAUGGCCUCAGGAUAAUAAAUGAGAAGUGCAGAAUCAGAGAAUAUAAGAGAUGCUGUCUGUGAAGAGGGAGUGAGUUUGGAGGGGCCAAAAGUCCAGACAUUAUUUUGUUUUUACAUCAGGACUGUGGUGCUAAGCUGUUGCAGGAGGAAAGACUCUCUGCAGGCAUUUACAAUGAUAGUGCUUGGGAAAAUUUACCUUCUUUCGCACAGGCAAGCUGAAUAUUACUGAGAUACAUAAAUGAAAACUUAGUCCAAAAGUUCUGUUUUAUUCUAUUUUUCUGUGGCUGAGACUGUUCUUAAAACUUAGAAGGUGCUAUAGAUAUAUAAUCUCAAAGAACUUAAAGCUGCACGUUUUUUAUUUCUAUUUUUUAAAAAAAAAGAGAAUCUUUUACCGUUCAUAGUUAAAUUACGCUUGGAGCAGUAGUAGACUGAACAAUAGAUUGAUUUUUUCCUCCCUUCAGCCCCAGCAAAUAUAAAUUUCAUGUGCAAAGCUCACACUCUCCCACUUGCUCCUGUAGCAAAAUAAACUGCUCAUAAUGUGUCAAUUUACUCACAUAGAUGGAAGAUGGCAGAGGUUGUAACUUUUUACUGGAUGUCGCGGAUGUUUAGUUUUACACAUUCUUGUAAAGAAAGUGUUAAUAUGGCAGAAUAACCAUGGGAGACUGGAAUUUCCUUGGAGGCAUUUUAGAAGAGGUCCACAUUCACUCCACUAUUAUUGGAAAGAUUUGGCUAACGAUCCUCUUCAUAUUUCGCAUGCUUGUCCUUGGAGUGGCAACAGAGAAUGUUUGGAAUGAUGAACAAUCAGAAUUUAUAUGCAAUACUGAGCAGCCUGGUUGCAGAAACGUGUGCUAUGAUGAGGCCUUUCCUAUCUCUCUCAUAAGAUACUGGGUCUUGCAAGUUAUAUUUGUGUCUUCCCCUUCCUUGGUGUAUAUGGGUCAUGCCUUAUACAGACUAAGAGCCUUGGAAAAAGAGAGGCAAAAAAAGAAAGCUCAGGUAAGGGUGGAACUUGAAAGCACUGAAUUAGAAAUGACUGAAAAUCGUAAAAGACUGGAGAGAGAACUCCGGCAAUUGGAUCAAAGAAAGCUGAACAAAGCACCCCUAAGAGGCUCUUUGCUCUGCACUUAUGUGAUACAUAUUUUCACAAGAUCUGCAGUGGAAGUUGGCUUUAUGAUUGGGCAGUAUCUUCUUUAUGGUUUUCAUUUAGAUCCCCUUUAUAAAUGCCAGAGAGACCCAUGUCCAAACACAGUUGACUGCUUUGUAUCUAGACCAACAGAAAAGACAGUGUUUAUAUUAUUCAUGCAAUCAAUAGCGACUGUCUCAUUGCUUUUAAAUAUUCUAGAAAUUAUCCACUUAGGAUUCCGAAAAAUUAAAAUGGGACUCUGUGAGCAGAAUAAAAACAAGGAUGACUCUGACAAUUUCUGCAUAAACAAAUCUAAGAAAUACUCUGUGAUACCACAGUCUUCUUUGGGAAUAUCUAACACCCCUCAGAAAACACUUCCUUGUGCUCUUAGCAGUUGUACCUUUUUGAUGGAAAAGCAAACUGACACUAUGCUCUACCCAGUUUUAAAUUCUCCUUCUAUGUUUCAGUCUGUGCCAAAUAACCGUACAGAAAGCAGCAGUAAUUACACCCAUUGCAAUCAGGAAAAUAAAUCUCCAAAGAAGAGGCCAGCUACAAAUGCUUUAGACAAUCAGACUCAAAAUGCUAGCACAAAUAAUAAUGAAGGCUUUCUUGGCGAGCUUUGGACUGAGAUGCAUGAUGCACAAGAAGAGGCUGAAAUGAAACAUUUUCUUAUUACUCAGAAUGCAGAUACAGCUUCAAACGUGUACUUGAGAAGCUUUGCUGAGAUGCCAUCUCAAACUUUAUUGCAACCUGAUACAACUUUUGCUAAUACCAGUUUUAGAGGACAGGCAAUGGUUGAGAGCACAGGAGCACCAACAAAUUCCCUACCAAAGAACUGUGACGGAAGACAAAGCAGUUUCAGUGUAAACAAAGCCCAAAUUCCUUACAAUGCUAAUGUAAAAAAUUCCAGCAGACCAGACACUUCUGAUUCUAUGGGGGUGGUGAGCUCAGAAUCUACACAAAGCAGAAACUGGAACAGUCCUAAGCUUUUCUCUCUGUCUAGGCAACAGUCACUGUCAAGCAAUGCCAGCAGUAGGCGUGCCCCCACUGAUCUUCAAAUAUAGUGUGAAUUAACCAUUAGCUGCACUAACCUCUGCUGGUGUAAUUCCUGAACAGAGACAUAACCCAGACCUAUGUGUAAGUGUAGCUAAAUAAUUCAACUUUAACCAACUGGUUACAGAGAUAGAAAAGUUGUGUAGCCCUUUGAACAGUAGCUAAGUAAUUUUAAACAGUCUCUUUACUUACUUUGUAAUGAAAGUGUGGCAUAGACCUCAGUGUAUAAACUUCUACACUCCAGCUAAAAAAGAAAACAUACAUCCUCUCAAUCCACAUAUUAGGAAAAAAGUCAGGCAUAAAAUCACAACUGAUAUUAUUUAAAUUGAAUAAAAGUAGAAGACAAAAUUUACAGUCAAAUGAUAUUUUUUACAAAUACCAGUAAAUCAAAUUAGACUAAAGAUGCCAUCGGUGCUUUCAGAAGAAUUAAUUGGUAAAAAUGUUUCUGCUUAAUCAGUCUGAGAAUUCAAACAGACAUUUGAUAGCUGACCCAAAGCAGAAUGUCAAAAAUAUUCCACUGUUCAAACUGUGGUAAAUACAGAGAUUUUAUUUAUCAAUACAGAGUUCUUAUUUACAAGUAAAUAAGAGAAAAAGCAUUUACAUAACAGAUCACUAAUUCUUUGACUCCAUGGUACACUUUUUUUUCAGUGUAUCACCACUGACUUUCUCAGCAGAAAAAUCGAAGUGAAUUUCUUAUACUAUGCUGUCAGAAUUCAAUACACCACUAUAUUUUUAGAACAUCACAAAUUACAGAAAUGUUGUGAGCUUUACUUUUGACAUUUUUCAUAACACUAAUAAAUAGCAAAAUCAGAAAGCAAGUUACUGAAAUUUAAUAGUCAGACAUUUUGAAUUUCAUAAAUAAGAAUUCUUACUAUGAAAAACAGAAAAAAGACAAAAACAGAACAAAAAAAGCAAAUAUGGUAGUACCUUCAUGCCUUCAGUUACAGUGUCAAAAGACAUAAAAAAGGUUUAUCAAACAGUAAAAUUACUCCUUUUCUGUUUGUCUCUCCCCCAAAUUCUGAUAAACUUUUAAAUCAAACAAAGCUUCUACCUCUUUAGGAGGAGCAUUUAUGUUUAUGCUUUUUAUGAGGUUAACAAAACAUUAUGACAUUCAUCCACUUGCUGUUCAGGUCCAUAUGGUGUAAAGGAAGUUCCAUGAAACAUCUUGAAAUAAUAAAGGAGGAAAAUAUGAAUAAAAUACUACAGUACAGUUGUAAUCAAGUUUUCUAUGUAUGAAAUACAUUUAUUUGAGUUUCACAGCAUUGAAACACUGUAAAUACUUGGUGAGGUGGUCACAGCUGGAAUGCAUUAGUAUUUUUGUGUGUAUUUUUUACUAGCAGAUUUGACUUACUGUACAUGUACUGAGAAAAUAAUUUGUGAGAUAUAAGCAUCAUGAUGUUACAGCAUAAUUAAAUUCUUCAAGUGCAUUGUCAUUAUGCUUACCAGGCAACCAUGUUUCAGAUUGACUGUAAAAGGCACCAUAAUUGCAAAAAUGUAGCCAGAAAACCUAUAAGGCUCUUUUGUUUGUAGCAGCAACAUUAAUUUGGUCCUGUCCAAGUAAGAAAUACACACUAGAACUAUUAAAACUAUUUGUUGUAGAUUUCUCUCCAGCAAGUAUCCUUUUCACUUCUAGUAUUGUUCUAUAUGUAUACAUAAAUACAGCCCUAUGUAGUUGUGUUUACACUGUAAAAUUUAAAAUUGUGUAAUAUAC